UCUCUCUCUCUCUCUCUCUCUCUCUCUCUCUCAAUAGAUAGACAAAAAAUAUCGACCUUAGUUUAAAUCCGUCCAUAAUUAUAAACAAACAAACAAACAAACAAACAAACAAUUUUAUUUUUACGAAACGAGAAAAAGAAAGAAAAACAAAGAAAAUAAUAAAGAAAACAAGUGUAAAAAAUAAAGUGCAUAGAAGAAUUGUGAUAAAAAGGAGAAAUAGAGAGAAAAUUGAAUUAAGGAAAAGAAGGAAAAAGAUUAAGGAAAAGAUAGGGAAGUGAAUCAAAGGAAAAGAUAAACCUAAUUCAAUACAGGAAAAGAUUGAAGGAAAAGAGAGAGGAUUGAAAGUUAGGAAAAUACCAAAAACAAGGAAAAGUUUGGAAAAGAGAGGAAAAAGAAUCCGGGAAAAAAGAAUGAAAAUAUUGAUAGAAAGUAAGGAAAAAAUGAGAAAAGAUAGACAUUGAAAUCAAGGAAAAUAGUGAGGAAAAGACUGAGGAAAAGAAGGAAAAGACAAGGAAAAUAAAAAAUGAAAAUAUAGACAUAAUCCAAUUUUGUGUAUGUGAAAAAUAAACAUCAGAACAGAAUUGAACACAGGAAAAGACUGAAGGAAAAGAGGGAAAAGAAGGAAGGGAAAAAGGAUUAAAAUAUAAGGAAAAUCGGAUCUCUCUCAUGUGUGAAAAGAAAAACACCCGAACUUUGUGUGUGAAAAGAUUAUGAAAAGAGAGAAAAAUAUGUGUUUGUGUGUAGAUUUGAACUUUUAAGGAAAACACAAAUACAACAAAAAUAAAAAUAAAAACACAGAAAAUAAACGGGAGGGAAACAGAUCAGGUGUAAACAAGGCAGGUAGAGACAUAAACAAACAAACAAACAAGGUAAACAACAAACAAAUUAAACUAUAAACAAAUGGAAAAGCUUUAAGUUCAUGCACAGAAUUUGAUCUUAUCUGAAAACAAAACUUGAAACUAUUUAUGUGUAGGAAAUAGUGAAGUUUUAAUCAUCGAACUUGAGAAAAAUAAUCAAGAAAAGAUGAAAAUAUACAGAAUUUGAUCUUGUAGGCCUAAGGAAACUAUUUGGAACUUUGUGUAUAUAUUAACAAAAAUCUGAGAAAUCCUUAAAAUGUGUUUGUGUUGUGAAUGAAAUAACUGAGGAAUAAAUUAACGAUAAAAUUAUAAAAAAAAACUUUACGAUAGAAACAACUUAAAAAAUUGAAAAGAAAAGAAAGAAAACAAGACAACGAAAAAUAUAAACGAAAAUUGAAAGACUAAAACAUAAAAAAAGUAAACAAAAAACAAACUAGGAAUCUCAAGAAAGGAAGAAAAACAAGCGAGAAUUAAACAAGCAAGCAAACAACUCAAGUGCAGUUCCAAACACUCACAAACAAGAUAAACAACAUAUGUACAAACAAACAAGAAACAAACAAAUGUACACACGAUUAGAACAGUAUAAACAAGAGUAAACAAACAAACAAAUAGGUAAACAAUCAUAAGCAAGUAAACAAAGAGAGUAAACAAAUGUAAACAAACAGGAUAAACAAACAAAACAAACAAUAGGAAGUAAACAAACAGCAUAAACAAACAUAAACAAGAGUAAACAAGCAAACAAACAAGAUAUACAAGAUUGAACAAAGGCCAAACAACAACAAACAAAGAAGCAAACAAAGCAAACAGGGUAAACAAACACCAAUCAAGCCAAAAGUAAACAAACAAACAGGGUAAUUAGUCUAGUAUAUACGUGUAAACAAUAAGAGUAAACAAACAGGGUAGAGAGUGUAAACAAAUCAGGGUAAACAAACAGACAAACAAAUUAUGCUCUUUCUCUUUUCUUGGUAAACAAAUUUGGGUGAGUGGUCUUCUCCUCCUCCUCCUCCUCCUCCUCCUCUUCUUUCUUCUCCUCCUCCUUUUGGGAUAACUUCUCAUCUUCCUCUUCCUCCUCUUCUUCCUUCCCUUCCUUUCCUUUCCUUCCUUCCUUCCUUUCCUUCCUCACACACACACACACACAGACACUCACACACACACACACACACACACACCAAUGGAAAAAGGAGGAGGAAGAAGCAGGUGAUGGGAGGUGAAGAAGGAGGAGGAGGAGGAGGCUGUCAUCACCAUCACCAUCACCACCACCAACACCACCACCAGGAAUGAACGGGCUUACCAUCACCAUAGCGAGAAAUGGCGAUGAAGACGAUGACGAAGACUCGAACGCCUCCAUUUCCACCUCCAAGGAGCUAACCCGCGGUCUCUCCAUCACUCGAAAGCGCUCCACCAGCACCUCCACCACCACCACCUCCACCACCUCCACCUCCACCCAACAGCACACCGCCCUCCCCAGCUUCGGCGUCUCCUUCCCUCCUACGCUAGCCGACAGGAUCCUACAAGAGGCGGUCCUACGGCAGGCUAAUUGCGUGGGUGAGGGGAUGACCACAGCCAGCGCCGGAUACGUUCCUAGCAUGCCGGCAGCCACUACAGGAGGAGGAGGAAGAGGAGGAGGAGGAGGAGGAGGAAGUGGAGGAGAGACAAAUACCUCCCCGACCCCUUCCUCCACUUCUUCGGAUGGUGGAGGUGGAGGAGGUGGAGGGGGAUCAGUAUCUGCCCCCCCGUCCUCCGCCUCCCCCCCUCCUGCCCCCUCCCCCCUCCUAACUAUCGUCCCUGCUCUUCAUGGGUCGCCCCCAAGAGCGGGCAGUGUCUCCCCGUCCUGCCCCACAGACCCUCUGGGGGUAACCACAGCACACCUCACAGCACAGGUGCAGUCCCUCAUCAUUAGCACAGUGUCGGAGGGUGACGGAUCGCUGGACUCCACCACGGGGGGCGUGUCUAUCCACGGGUCAUAUGUCCAGUAUGUAGAGACCCAGGCUGACCCUCUGUACACAGCAACUAACCCCCAGAUGGCCUACCCCGUGUACACCGUUGGAGACACGACCUUAUACUCAUCAAGUUCAAGCAAUUAUUAUCAGCCCGGGUCAACAACACCUGUUUCUUAUUCUCAGGAGGUCGCCAACAGUCCAGUAGGGGGUCAGAUCCUUUCCUCAGGGACCAGCACCUACGUUAUUCAGCAAGGGAUUGACUCUGCAGAUUCACAGCCUCUAAUCAACACCAGGGCCUCGCCGCAGACUAGUUUUAGAGAAGAACCAACCACGCCAAGAUCCAGGCAUGAGGAGGAGGACGGUGUGACGUACAUAGUAAGUGAAAACAGCCCGCCCCUGGACGCUGAUGCCCAGGCCAACCUUGCCCACGCCACGAGAGUAUCCCCGGCCACGGUCCAGUGGUUGAUGGACAAUUACGAGACAGCGGAAGGGGUCAGCCUGCCCCGAUCGACCUUGUACAACCACUAUCUCCGCCACUGUGCCGACCACAAGCUGGAUCCGGUCAACGCUGCGUCCUUCGGGAAGCUCAUGCAUGGUGUUUUCCUCGGGACUGCGAGCAGUGACAGCACUAGAGGCAACAGCAAAUACCACUACUAUGGCAUCCGCAUCAAACCAUCGUCACCCCUUAUCAACGUAAACGAUGACGGAACCCCAAUGACUUUACGCACCCAGAGCUCAUGCGGGGGGAGCCUCAAGAAAACGGGUGUGUCGAGCCUCCCCCAGCAGCCCUCCCAGACCGCCCAGACCCCCCAGCAGUCACCCGGCGGAGGGCAGGGGAAGAAUGGAACAGGCCUGGGUGCUGGCGGAAAGGGCGGAGGAGGUGGAGGAGGUGGAGGGGGUCAGGAAAUGCACUAUGAUUCACACACGCAAGUUCCGGCCGAGACGUCUCCGAUGGUCCUUCAAAACCAGCAGUACCUCGGUGACGUCAGCCAAGCAGUUCCCCCCUACGACAAAGUUGACUUCGCAUCUGACCCCUUGCCCACUGGUGUGACCCGUGCCCACCUCGAUACCUUCACCAGCUUGUACCGGGAGCACUGUGAGACCAUCGUGGAGGCCAUAUAUAACUUUCAGUUUUCCUCGGUGGAGACUCUGUGGAAGAGGUUUUGGCUGGUCAACAACAACAACAUGAAACCGGGCAACUGUGACCCUCUCUCCGACGACGAGGAGGGUGACCUGGCCUCCCUCCUGCCCUCCUCAGUGCUUCAGGCCCUGCUGCGCUCCCCCCCGGUGCUGGAGUACAUCCGGAACUUUGAUUACCAGUUCUACCAAAACCUGGUGGAAGUGUUGAUCCCUGAUGUGCUUCGAUCCAUCCCCUCCACGCUGACUCAGGCCAUCCGGAACUUUGCCAAGAGUCUGGAGUCUUGGCUGUACAGUGCCAUGCUGGGGUGCCCUCAGGAGCUGGUCAGCAUUAAGGUAAUCGCUGUGGCCUCGUUAGCACAGACGCUACGCAGGUACACAUCCUUGAACCACCUUGCCCAAGCAGCGAGGGCGGUUCUGCAGAAUUCCGCCCAAAUCUCCCAGAUGUUGGCGGACCUGAACCGGGUGGAUUUUCAUAACGUGCAGGAACAGGCAUCGUGGGUCUGCCAGUGUGAUGUUGCCCUUGUGGAUCGCUUAGAGGAGGACUUCAAGGCGACACUCCAGCAGCAGAACAGCCUUGAACAGUGGGCAGAGUGGUUGCAAGCGGUUGUUGGGCAGGUUCUGAGGCCACAUGAAGGCAAGGCGGACUUCCCCAAACAGGCUCGGCAGUUUCUCCUCAAGUGGUCAUUCUAUAGCUCCAUGGUGAUCCGCGACCUCACCCUCCGCAGUGCCGCCUCCUUCGGGUCAUUCCACCUGAUCCGCCUGCUGUAUGACGAGUAUAUGUUUUACCUGGUGGAGCAUCGGGUGGCAUCCUCCCUCGGACUGACCCCCAUCGCUGUAAUAUCCCAGGGCCUGGGGAGCACCAACAAAGCCACCUCCACCAGCGACUCCACCUCCACCUCCUCCACCCCCACCACCACCUCCACCAACAACAACAACAACAACAGUGCUAGUGGAAGCUUCAUGGUGUUUAACGGACAGACGACGACGCACCACCGGGCUGAAGACGACGCGGGGAUGCUGCCGGCGUUCAAGAGGAUGAAAUAUGAAUCCUAACCUAUCAUCGGCUAUUUCCACCUUCGGACGAUGACGCUGCCCCCAUCUACACACCGUCGUUAUCUACCUAUCGUCGGCGGAGUGCGAGGCGGUGUAUCUAUACUUUAUCUGCACUUUCGACCUUCGGAUGACACCUCUAUCCCUAUCUACACACCUUCGUUUUCUACCCCUAUCUACACUUUCGAAUGUCGCGUCUACACCUCUCUACACUCCUUCAAUGUCCACCCCUAUCGUCCUCAGGCUAACCUAAGCUAUUGACUCCCCUUCUACGCCUCAACCUAUUGUCGUCGGUGCUCCUAUGCUGAGGUUUACCCCCCUUCGUUAUCUAUGUGUGUGUGUGUGUGUGUGUGUGUGUGUGUGUGUGUGUGUGUGUUCUUUGUGUUCAUUUCUACCGUCGUCGUUUUGGUGUGUGUAUGUCUGUGUGUACGUGUGUGUCUGUGUGUGUGUGUGUACGUGUGUGUGUGUGUGUGUGUGUGUGUACCCCAGUCAGUCCGUCAGUCAUUUGCUUUAAGGAAGAAAUUAAUACAAAAAAAAAAACACGCAAUCUAGUCAGUAUUUUAGAUUGGUUUAAAACGCAUCAGAUGUUUGUUUGUUUGUUUGUUUUAUUUGAUGGACAGCCUUGACAGUUUUUAUUAUUCUUCUUCUUCUUAUUAUUAUUAUUAUUAUUAUUAUUAUUAUUAUUAUUAUUAUUAUUAUUAUUAUUAUUAUCAGAAGAGGAAAGAGAGGGAGAGAGUUAUUUUUGUAAGAGAGAGAGAGAAAGAGAGAGAGAGAGAUUAUGUAUUUAGGUGUGUGUGUGUGUGUGUGUGUGUGUGUGUGUGUGUGUGUGUGUGUGUGUGUGUGUGUGUGUGUGUGUGUGUGUGU